GUGAAACGCGGAAGUGUCAGAAGUCAAAUUAGCACGGAGCAAAUCUCACACGGACCCGAGGAGAGUUUCUACGGUUAACUGAAGCGUCAGGUCAAAACACCUAACCAUGUGGCCAAAUCAAGGACCUCCCCCUCCAGUGUACUCAUCAAAUCCUGCCUUCCCUCCUGGGUACAACCCUUCGUAUCCUGCUGGACCUCGUCCAGGAGUCUUCCCUCAGCCUCCAAACCCAGCGUACCCAGCUGUUAUGAGCCCAGCUGUAGCACCAAAUGCACCUCCAGGACCUCAUCCUUAUGGACAUCCAGGACAUCAUCCUUAUGGACCUCCAGGACCCCAUCCGUAUGGACCUCCAGGACCCCAUCCUUAUGGACAUCCGGCUCCUCAUCCUUAUGGACAUCCAGUACCUCAUCCGUAUGGACCUCCAGGACCCAAUCCGUAUGGAUCUCCAGGACCUCAGCCCUAUCCUAUGGCUCCAGGUGGCUAUCAAGUGGUCCCUCCUGCAGGUGUUUACCCAUGUCCAUACCAACAAUCUCCACAAUGGGGUACCCACAAAGGCCACCACAGAAGCCCCCAGCAUGGCUAUCAUCAUGGAGGUAGGAAUCACUUGAAUGGAGCAUUAGCUGGAGGAUUAACGUCCAUGUUAGUGGGGGGAGUUGGACUAAAAGCCAACAAAAAGAUGAGAAAGAGGAUGAAGAAAGCAAAUAAGAGGCACAAGCAUGGACACUGUGGCAAGUCUUCCAGUAGCAGCAGCAGCAGCAGUGACUAAGACCGAGCUCAACCCUUCAAGACACGGCCCUAACAGAAACUCUUAUAGUCGUACAAUUUAUCAUAAAUGAACUGUUUUUCUAUUCUGAUUUCUGGGAAAGACAUUUUGUAAAAUCUAGUUUGGGCUAUUUAUAACACUAGAAAUGUAUUUUUUUUGUGUGUGUGUGUUUAUGUCAAACAUUCUGUAGUUACAUAAACUACUGUGGAAACAUACUGAAAUAUUCUGAAGAGGGAUUGCAGCUAGGAACACAAUCCUUUAUUUUCAACAAUCUGGGAUUUUGUACUAACGUUGUACUUACAUUUUCUCAGGAAGAUCAACAAAUAGGUGGAGAUGAGAAUGGUUUUUGCCUCAUUCCGAGUUUCACUGAACUUUUUGAUAGAAAAGUGACACACGGAGCUAAAACUGUUAAUGUUCACUGUUACAUUUGCAUUACAUCUGUGACAUUAGUUGGUUUGGUUACGUAGCUGAAACUAAACCCAGUUUGGAGUUAUUCUUGGCUGCAACUUAGUUUUUUUGUUAAGAUGAAACAAUAAAAGCAAUAAACAACGAUGUUAACACAAGGCCAUUACUUGAACACUGUGAGCCUUUUCAGUAAGGACAGCUCAAGUUUAAAUAAUAUAAGUAUUGAGGUAUAAUUCCAUCGUACUACUGUUGAGCAGCGUCAUCACUUCCUGGGGCACAUCAACAUUUUUAAAGCAACAUUAAAUUACAACUUUUACCAUCUUCAUAGAAACAGCUGUGUCUGUCCUGCUGUUACCAGACAUAGGGUCUGUUCUGCUGUCUAAAGACAUUCACCUGAGCCCUGGAACUUACACGAAUACUGUUGUCAUUAUUUUGGAUUGAUGCAAUGGUUUUCCUUGUCAUGACUUGUAUUUAUAUUUUAAUGUUGCACAAUGAUUGGUUGGGCUGCGUAGCUGAACCUAAAUAAACCUGAGUUUCGAGUAAUAA